AUGUACGCGCUCAAGUUGAAAUACGUUUAUACAGCUUUGCUGAUUAUAACCCUCCUCGAUUUCAAUGAGGCCAUAGCAAAUGGUAAAAGUCGACGUCGUUAUGGACCCGCCACAGCCUCCUCCAAUGCAAAGAGUGCCGCCAUCAGUGAUGUUACGGAAAAAUCCAAAGCCGGUCAAGUGGUGGCAGCCAGCAGUCACACAGAGCCGAGUCAAUAUCGCAGAGGUGGUGCCUAUUCGACAGAUGCGGGAGAUUACUCCUACAACAAUGCCGACAUAAAUCUGAUACGACCCGAAAGCAAGCCUUUGCACACGAAAAUCACUGCCAAAUACACGAGCAGUAUCAGCAUACCGGCCGAUUCCCUGGAGGAUACUGAGACGGCCGAGGAAUAUGUGGCCAAGGCCAUGGGUAUGUAUGGUUCUCGCCUAAGGGAACCCAUACGCAUUCCCAGUGAAACGGAGGUGACGCCAGCGACACCGGAACAGUCACAGGCGCCAGUCAUACAACAGACACACAGCCAACAGCAUACACGACAUUACGAACAGGAACACCACCAACAGCAGGAGCAACAGCAACACCAUGAACAUGAACAAUUACAGCAACAACAACACCACUCCCAAUCCUACCACCACCACCACCAAUCACUGCAACAAGAACCCGACCAUAGCCUACAAAACAUACACGAGCAUGUCGAAAAACCCGAACACUAUGAAUACUACUCCUUUUCACACAAGGAUGCCCAUAGACCUCAGGCCUCCAGCCAAGCUGAGGCGGAGGAGGCGGCCCAGAAUCCUUCCCAGCAAUAUCAGUACAUAAGUCAAGCCCAGGCCGAAAAUGAGGCAGCCAAGGCAAUGUUAGAAGCUCAAAUGCAGGCCCAGUUGCAGGAGCAGUCACAACAAGCCCAGGCAGCAGACCAUUAUGGAGAAGCCGCUGGCGAGCACCAAGAACAACAGGUCCAACCCCAGGCGGAGCAAACAAAUGCCGAAUCUGAAAAUAAUGCCGCUGCCUCGGGUUAUGACAAAGAUCCCGUUACCCGUUCCUACAACAUCUACGAGGAUCACACGGAGGCUUACGAGGGAGCACCAUCCCACUUGGAACGAAACUAUCGCACAAAGUAUCUCUACAAACCGGUAUCCUCCAGCUAUCACUCUGCCAUCAAUGAAAACGAGGAAAAGAUACGAGUCUCAGCCUCCACAGAGAUACCUAAGGCUGAGAUAAUGAAGCAAAUUGAGAAAUCAGUAAUGCGUUACAUGAAGGAGCUGGAGGCGGAGGGUAAAAUUAUUGCUGCUCCCAAAAAUCAGGAACCCAAAACCUAUUUCAAAGUGGUCACAGUACCCGGCAGUGAAGAGAAGCGGAUUGCCUCGUCUUCCCUUUCGAACAAAUCAAAAUACUCAGUGGCGCCCGGUAAUUAUGGAGAGGGCUACAAGCACUCCAUUGUCCAUGCCCCGGCAGCUGGAGGACCAUCUGGUGCCCCGUCCCAUUCGUCUGGCAAAUACAACAAAAAUUCCGAAACCAAAAAUGCCUAUGUUCUGGAAAAUGAAAGUACCUAUCAAAAUCAGGGUCAUGAGGUAACCGAUGUACUGGCGCCCAACGUGGAGUUCAUCUACAAAAUCAAAACCAAGGCCCCAUUGCACACGGCCACCGUGAAAACCGUAUCGAAACCCUAUAGCCUGCCGCUGAAACCCAGCUAUGAACAAUUUGACCACUCCACAGCCUUGAAGAAUUUGGAAGAUUUUGACCUAUCGCAUGUGGUUACCACACCUGACCCCGACGACCAUCAGUCCAUAUCGAGUGCCUCGACCAAUAAACCCAGUAAAUUAUACUUCAAUUCGGAAAUCUAUCAUGACAUCAACUCCAUGCCGUACAAACAAAAGCAACGGGCCGAGGCGGAAUAUCGUCAGGAGUAUCGUAAGAAAGCAGCCAACAAUCAAGAGCCUCAUUCAGAUUACAAGGGUUACAGUACGGCCACAAGUGGUUAUUAUGCUGAGCCACCCACAGCGGAUGGAGAUCGUGAUAUUUCUGGAAGUUCUGGAAUGUCAGAGGAUGGUUAUCCGAGUAUUAUGUCGGCGCCGUAUCAACAAUAUGUGCUGAAAAAGGAAGCCCUCUCCUCGAAAUAUGAAGACGGCCCCGCCGGCCCAGGCUAUGAACAGAAUCGCAAUCAUAAAUACAAAAAUCUAGAAUUCGAUAGUUAUAAUCCCAAAUACAACAACAAUCCUGAAGGUUAUGGCUAUCAGCAGACCUACAAAACCCAUUUGACGAGAAGUCAUGCGCCCGGCAAGCGUGGCAAACGUGGUGGUGCCCCCCAUCCAAGUCAAACGAAGAAGGCACAUCGCAACGCCAACAUGAAGGAGUUUGAGGCCAACAUUGCCCUGCGUCCACCACCCAAAGUCUGAGAACGUUGCAAUAGCGGGAAUUUGAGAUUCCAAAUUUUUUAGCCAAAAA